GAGCACCCACGCUUUGGAAAGCUGCCAGCUACGACAGUUAUGGCAGAUUGGGUUGGGCGCGAGUGUAUUUGUGUCGGUGGUUUCUACUUUAAAAUGUCUGGAUAAACGGUGUCGAGUUUUGGUAGAGAUGACCGCAAAACGGUCGCCGUCAAUGGUGAUUGGAUCGAAUUCUUAUCUAUCUCUCUCUCACAUACACAACACUCUCUCUCUCUCUCUGUUUUGGACGGGACCGUAUUAAAUACCACAACGCCAUAUUGGUGACUGUAGAAGCACUUGCAACGCCAGACGAAUCAGUUGGCCAAGCAAGAUGGAUGCUCCACGAGCCGAUUUCCUCGGUCAAUACAAAUUAAUUUCGAGUAAAUUAAAAAAAAAAUUUUUAAGAAAACCCAAUGUUGCUGAAGCAAGUGAAGAAUUUGUUUCCUUGGCAAAAGAGUUAGAAAAUCAAGAAUGUCCUCAUUAUGCUGCAUUUUGUUGCUUAGCUGUAGCAAGGUGUGAACAUACAUUGGGCAAUUAUGUUGGUGAAACUCGUUCUUUGAUUAAAGCUGCACAAUUAUUUCUUGAAACUGAAGAACAAAAUCAUAAACUUUUAUGUCCAGGUUUUGAUGAAAAUCUGAAUGCUGCUCUUAGUUGCUAUAGUCAUGCCAUUAAAGUAUACUUAGAGAAUAAUAAAGUUUCACUUGCAGCUUCUCUGUAUCUAGAAGUAGGUCAAUGUCUUCGUUUACUUGGAAGAACUGCUCAAGCUAUUCAGCAUUUUCGAAGGGCAGCAGAUCUUCAAUGUGCUAGUCCUUUGAGUUACUUAAAUUCUCUUGAUUAUGUUGCAACAUGCAAGAUUGAAAUAGGAGACUAUAAUGGUGCUUUAAAUGUUUUAACAGAAAUGUAUAGUUUAACUAAAGAAAGAGGUAAUGCUUCCAAUAAUAAACCCUUAGGGUUUUAUACAAGUAUUUUGUCAAAAUGUGAAGUCACUUCUGUUCUCCUCCUCCUCUUACUUCAACCUCCUCCACAAAAAUUAAAAACAGAACAUGCUCAUCUUUUAGAAAAAUAUGCCUGGGAAUCUUCUGAAGAUGAUAGUUCUGUUUCAAUUUUAGGAGAAGAUCUGUUUCUUCUUCUGCAAUCUGCUGUUAUGGCUUGCCAAUCUCAUGAUCUGGGUGCUUUAAAAUCUCUUAGAAAGGAUUUAUGGUAAACCAUUAUAAAUAUAUCAAAUUAUUUUACUUAAUAAAUGAAACAGAUAUCAGCUUUUCAUUUUAAAAGUAGUUUACAUAGG